CAACUUUUUAUCCUGGAAUACAUACUUUGGAAUGGCCAAAGUUGAAAAGGUUGGAGAUGAAAAGUUGUGACAAAUUUAAGAUAUUCAAUUCAGAGCCAAAUUCUUUGUGCUUGGACCAUAAGGUUAUCUUUCCUAAUUUAAAGGUUCUCGAAUUGAAGAGUAGUCUGGGAGAGAUUUGGAACAAAGAAUCUUCAACUUAUUCUUAUGAAAAUUUGACACACUUGACCCUAUUUGAAUGUGAUAAAAUAAAAUAUGUAUUUCCUUUGUCAAUAGCCAAAAGUCUCCAACAACUCCAACACCUUAAGUUAACUAGUUGUGAGGUUUUAGAGGGAAUUGUUGCUCCAGAAGAAGGAACAGAAGCAGUUGUCAAUUUUUCCUUUCCGCAGGUAACCAAAGUGAACCUUCUAUUUCUACCAGAGUUUACAGAUUUCUAUCCUAGAAUACAUACUUCAGAAUGGCCGAAAUUAAAAGAGUUGAUGGUCAGAGGUUGUCCUAAAUUUAAGAUGAUCCUUCAGAGCCAAAUGUCCCGUGCUUUGACCAAAAGGACAUCUCUUUUGAUUUGAAUUUGAAGUGCAAGGCAUUCCACCAUGAUAAUUCUAUGGAGAUUGGCUACAACCAACAUCCGAGUUCCUUCUAUCAAAAUUUGACACACUUGUUCUUGUGGAAAUGUGGAAACAUAAAAUAUGCAUUUCCAUCUUCUAUUGCCAAAAGCAUCCACCAACUCCAGCAACUAAAGAUUCAAAAUUGCAAGGUUUUAGAGGAGAUCAUUGCAAAAGAAGAUGAAGCAAAUGCAGUUGUCAAUUUUGUCUUUCCAAAUAUAACCUUAUUGGCAAUUGAAGAUGUACCAGAACUUAUCGCCUUCUACCCUGGAAUAUAUGCUUUAGAAAUGCCAAAGUUGAAAGAAUUGGUGGUCCAAGAUUGUACCAAAUAUGUGAACUUAAAAGAAAACAAUAUGGAGACUGAGCUUAAUAUUUUAGAUCCAAAAUCUAUCUUCUUGGAAAAUAAGAUUAACUUCAAUUUGGAGGUAUUUGAAUUAUAUGAUGGUGAGGCAAAUAUUUGUUGGCGAAGUCAAUCUAAAACUCUUACAAUCAAAAGGGAUAUCUCCGCAAAUAUUCCACUUCGACUCCUUCAAAGAUUUGAAAAUGUGAGAGAGCUCCAACUAUCUUGGAGUCAAUAUAAAGACACUAAGAGCCUAUGUGAUCUUCCAAAUCUUGAAAUUUUAGAAGUAGAUUAUUGUUACAGAUUGAUGAGUUUAGUGCCAUUCUCAGGUACUUUCCAGAAUCUUAAAGUUUUGAAGGUAAAUUCAUGUGACGAAUUAAUGAAGUUAAUUACGCUUUCAAUGUCUAGAAGUUUGGUGCAGCUGAGAGAACUAAGUAUAACACUUUGUAAAAUGUUGAUUGAAAUAGUAGAAAAUGAAGGAGAUGCAACAACAAGUACUGAGAUUGUUUUUAACAAUUUGAACAAGUUGUCACUUGAAUGGUUAUAUAGUCUCACAAGUUUUUGCUCUGGGAAUUACUUCUUUAGUUUUCCAUCUUUGGAAGAAUUAAUUAUAAAAUAUUGCCCCAAUUUGGAGAUUUUUUGUCAAGGAAGCUUAUGCACACCAAAGUUAGAUAGAGUUAUUUACAACUCUAAAGAUGGGAAUGUGAAUGAGGUAGAGAUCGGGGAUAAUGACUUGAAUACAACUAUACAAGAAGAAUACCAAAAACAGAUCAACCAUGAUUUGGAGAUAUUUCAAUUACAAAAUGGUUUGGAACACAUUAGUUGGAGGAGUCAAUCUAAAGAACUUAAAAUCUUCUGUUAUAAGCCGGCGCAUAUUCCACUUUGGCUCCUUCAAAGAUUUGAAAAUCUUACAUGUCUUUUUGUUUGUGGUUGUCAUGAGUUGGUUAACUUAACAACACCUUCAACAGCUAGAAGUUUGGUGCAGUUGAGAGAAUUGAAAAUAUCACAUUGUAAAAUGUUGAUGGAAAUAUUAGAAAUUAAGGAAGAUGCAACAACUGAAAUUGUUUUUGAGAAUUUGAACAAGCUGUCAUUUGUAAGGAUGGAAAAUCUCACAUGCUUCUGCUCGGGGAAUUACACUUUCAAUUUCCAUUCAUUGGAAGAAUUAAAUAUAGCAAAUUGUCCUAAUAUAAAGACCUUCUGUAGAGGAAUCUUGAGCACUCCAAAGUUACAAAAAAUCAGUUAUAAGGGAAUGAAAGUAGAGAAUGAGGGGGAUGAUCUUAAUAAAACCAUACAAAGAUUAUAUAAAAAGGAAAACCAGGACAUCUCUCUUGAUUUGAAUUUGAAGUGCAAGGUAUUCCACCAUGAUAAUUCUAUGGAGAUUGGCUACAACCAACAUCCAGCUUCAUUCUAUCAAAAUCUGACAAACUUGUUCUUGUGGAAAUGUGGAAACAUAAAAUAUGCAUUUCCAUCUUCUAUUGCCAAAAGCCUCCACCAACUCAAACAACUAAAGAUUCAAAAUUGUAAGGCUUUAGAGGAGAUUGUUGCGAAAGAAAAUGGAGCAAAUGCAGUUGUCGAUUUUGUCCUUCCAAAUAUAACCUUAUUAAAGCUUGAAGAUCUACCAGAACUUGCAGCCUUCUACCUUGGAAUAUAUACUUUAGAAAUGCCAAAGUUGAAAAAGUUGGUGGUCAAAGAUUGUACCAAAGUUGUGAGCUUAAAAGAAAACAAUGUGGAGACUAAGCUUAAUAUUUUAGAUCCAAAAUCUAUCUUCUUGAACAAUAAGAUUAACUUCAAUUUGGAGGUAUUUGAAUUAUAUGAUAGUGAGACAAAUAUUUGCUGGCAGAAUCAGUCUAAAACUCUUACAAUCCGUAAGGAUAUCUCCGCAAAUAUUCCACUUCAACUCCUUCAUAGAUUUGAAAAUGUGAGAGAGCUCCAACUAUCUUGGAGUCAAUAUAAAGACAUUAAGAGCCUAUGUGAUCUUCCAAAUCUUGAAAUUCUAAAAGUAGGUUAUUGUGACAGAUUGAUGACUCUAGUAUCAUUCUCAACUUCUUUCCAGGACCUUAAAGUUCUUAAGGUAAGUUUUUGCAACAAAUUAUUGAAGUUAAUUACACCUUCAAUGGCUAGAAGUUUGGUGUAGUUGAGAGAACUGAGCAUAACAUUUUGUAUAAUGUUGACUGAAAUAGUAGAAAAUGACGGAGAUGCAACAACAAGUACUGAGAUUGUUUUUAACAAUUUGAAUAAGUUGUCACUUGAAGGGUUAAAUAGUCUCACAAGUUUUUGCUCUGGAAAUUACUCCUUUAAUUUUCCAUCUUUGGAAGAGUUAAUUAAAGAAUAUUGCCCCAAUUUGGAGAUUUUUUGUCAAGGAAGCUUCUGCAUACCAAAUUUAGACAGAGUCAUUUACAAUGCCACAAAGACAAAAAUUGGGGAGAAUGACUUGAAUACAACUAUACAACAAGAACACAAAAAACGGGGUUAAUAGGGGAAAAGUUUCCUUCAAUGGUGACCGGUUGAAUGAGUUUGUUCCCCAGAAAACGUUAGCUUAUAUAAGCCAAGAAGAUCUGCAUAUUGCUGUGAUGACUGAGGGAAACACUUGAAUUUGCUGCCCAAUGUCUUCGUGUUGGAAACCGAGGAAAUAUGAUGAUGGAAGUCAGUAAAAGAGAGGAGACAGGCACUGUUCCGGAUCCGGAUCCAGAUGUAGAUACUUACACGAAGCCUCCAGGCUAGGGUGGUUGAAGUGGGAUUUUCGGGUUUCCCCUUUUUCAUAUGGAAAGAUAGGCCUUUCAGUGGCAAGAGGAUCGAGCAAAGGCUGCUGAGAUUCUUGUCAAGGACCUUAAGUUUUUUGCAUCUUUCAAUGAAGAUCUUUUCAAGGAGAUUACUCAGCUCCUCACUCUUGAUAACUUUAGGCCAAAUGAGUAUCUUUCCGAGUAUGGAGACACAAAGUUGGCUCGUAAUAUUAUGCUUGUAGAACUCAAAAAGCUAAUUGAAGCAAGCCCCCUGUUUCGUGACAAGCUUAUACAUUCCCAGCCUUCAAAAGUUCACGUCUGAGGACAUUAAUAAACCAGUGGUGAUCAAGGAGUGAGUCGAAUGGAGGAUUCUUAGACAUAAACGAAGUAUCAUCAGAAGGAGGAGAAGAGGACUGGAACCUGAUGACGAGUAUGGAAGAUGAGGAAGAAAGCAGCAAUAGAUGUCCUCCGAG